GGCUCGGCCGGUUAGCUCAGCGGCGGCGUCUGGAAGAUCCCGCAGCCGCAGACCGCUGGCGCGUGUCCCUGGAAGUCAACCGCUCCGCCUCCGAGGAGCCGACCGUCGAGAGCGAGGAAUGCGUAGUGGAUGGAAGAUCACUGGCAAGCUCGAAGAGAGGGGUCCUCUGGGGAGUAUCUCCGUGAUUCUGGAGGAGAGGAUGCACAGCCUGAGCUUCAGCGGGACGGAGGAAGCAACGCAGAAGUGACCGUUGGAGACCUGAGUGCGGCAAAGAUGUUCAGGAAUCAUGUACCUGGAUGUAAAGGCCCGGAUGGCGCGAAGUGUGGCUGGAUGGGCAUGGCAGCUCGUGACGCGCCGCCCGGCGGCCUUGGGCGCCCAGGGCCAGCUCCCGACUGCGGGUUCGCACCCACGCUUCCUUCCUGGAGCGUCAUAGGCCGCACCGCGAUGGGACUCAGUGGGCAGGAGGAGCGGAGGUGCCGGGUGACAGGAGCAGUUCUAGCUAAGCCAGAAACCUCGGGUGAAGAGAUCAAAGCCCAGGUGGAGGUGGACGGGCCAAUCCCGCCGCCGCUAGCUAGUCCCCCAACCGCUCCCAAGCACCGCGCGGGACAGCAAAGCCGGUGCGCUUGGGCGAAAGCGUCCCCGACGCGGUCUCCGGCCCCGUGCAGCUCCUGGAUGGGCCUUUGCUCAUCACACCACAUCCGCUCCCCGGGCCGCGGCCGGACAGCCCCGCUUAGCCCCCCAGGCCAUCGAUCAGUCUUGGAAGUGCCCGCGAGGUCAUCCGCACAACAAAGGCGGCCCCAAGCGGCGCCUUCUGUCUUGUAAAUAUAGGGUCCCGCCCCCAGGCAAAGUGGAGCCCCUGGUACCAGCAGCCGAGGCACCAGCCCCCACUCCGCACCCCUCCCCCACAACUCCGGAGCGCUUUCAUUUGAAAUGUUAAUGUUUUGAAGCUUCCUUCUAGGCCCGGAUCUGCGUCUUUGAAAACCGGCUGAAACCUCUGGGAUUAAUAAACAAACCGGCAUUCGGCCUGGGUGGGAACAGGGUAAACAUUUGUAGGUCUAAAAGAGAGAGGCAGGAGUGCGUAGACAAACGCGGUAAAUUAUUACACAGCCCUGGCCACUCGCUUUAAAAAGACUGCUUUGUGCACCGAUACCAGGAUUUGGAGUUUUCCCAAUCAAGAGACCCUUAUUUGCACGCUCCAGGCCGAGGACCCCGGCGGCGCUGCCUUCCGCCCCCUCCUGGCACUGAGGAAUCCAGGUCACAGGUGGAGCACCGGCUGGGCCGCGCUCGGGCGGAGCCAAGCCCAGGCCCCGCCCAGGUCCUCCUAGGCUGGAACCCGGCCCGCAGCUCCUUAGCCAGGCGGCCGCUAGGGCUCAGGUAUCCUCGGGUAGCCCUGACCACCGCGAGGCUGGGUUUCUCUGGCCGGGCGGCCUUAGCGUAACUCGCUCGGCUACUGCGCCUGCGGAGGACACAAAAGGGUGUCACAGCGGGUGCUUUUCAAAAGCCUUGGCGUGAGUUUCCCUGUACACAUUCGAUAGUUGGUCAGGGUUAUUGCCAAAAUCUUAUCAAGUCGGGUUCCUUGCCCAGCCCAGCUGCUAACGAUGAUAAUGGUGCCCGCGGUCACUUUGGGAGGAGGGCUGACAUUCUGCCAUGCACUGUUCGAAGCUCUGCGCGUGGAGUAACCUGUGAUGAGAUGACACAAGCCAUCAACUUGCUUCUUUCUAGAAUGGGAACAUCACGUACUCUCCACUCAUCCUCGCAGGGAGAGAGCAAAUUGGGGCAUGUGCCCCCGCUGGAUAUGGGGUCCCAAUUGUGCACGUAUGACCCCACGUGCCCGGGAAUCAUGUGUGCUGGGGAGGGGCUGUGGAGGUGACCAGGGCACCACUGUGGUUCUGGAACGCAGCCAGGUCCCCACAAUUCCCGAACUUCAGAAUUCUUUAAUCCACUAAAUCCUCCCAGGCACAGCCUGGCCUUCCAAAAGCUUUUGCCUGGAGCUGGGCAAACCCAAUAAAGGAAUGAUCAUUUUUCAA